AUGUUCCUUUUGUUACUCAUAGCGUUUGUUAUCAGUUCAUCGAAUGCUUGGUCUCGAGAACGACCAGUAGACAAUGCAUCCAUCUUGAUAUAUGUCGGUACAUACACCGGCAGGAAUGACACUGAUAGUAAAGGUAUUUAUGCAUUUGCAUUUGAUAGUAAUAAUUUAUCACUAAAACCAUUGGGACUCGUUGCAAUUACACCUCAUCCGACGUACAUACUAAUUCAUCCCUCGAAAAAAUACAUUUUAUCUGUCAACGAACUGAAUGAAGGAAAAGUAAAUGCGUUCAAAAUUAAUUCAAUACAAACGGGCCAAUUGACAUUAGUCAAUCAACAAUCGUCUUAUGGAAGUUAUCCAAUCCAUCUUUCAUCGAAUAAAAUAGGUCGAUAUAUUUUUGUUGCGAAUUAUAUGAGUGGCACUAUAGCUGUGUUACCGUUUGAGGGUGAAAAUGGGCAUAUUCAACCAACGGAUGGAGUUUAUCAACAAAACGGAUCCUCGAUUGAUCUUGAAAGUCAAACAUCAUCUCAUCCUCAUUGUAUUUUGCUAGAUAAGAAAGAAGAAAAUGCUAUAAGUGCUGACUUAGGUUCAGAUGAACUGUACGUAUAUCGAUUUUUACCAACUUCUGGAACAUUAAAAAAAUUGUACGUUACAAAAUCGGUACAAGCGGGUAAUGGUCCUAGACAUUUAAUAUUCAGUGAAGAUGGAAGUUAUGUUUAUGUAAUGAACGAAUUGACAUCAUCAAUUACUGUUUUCAAAUAUUAUCCUAGCCUAAGAGCAAUUCAAACCAUUUCAACAUUACCACCAAAUUUUACAUUGAUCAAUUAUGCUGCGGAGCUUCUUCUCCAUCCAGUAUCGGGUAAAUUUCUUUAUGCAUCGAAUCGUGGUCAUGACUCUAUAGCUGUUUUUCAAGUUGAUAAAACCACUGGACUUCUAACUAUUAUACAACACAUAAAUGUACAAGGGCGUACACCUCGAAAUUUUAACAUCCUGCCAAACGGAAUGCAUUUAAUUGUGGCUAAUCAAGAUUCGAAUAAUUUAGUGGUAUUUUCGAUUGAUCAAAUUACAGGAAAGCUGACAAAAACCGAUGUGUCUGCUCAUGUGAGCAAACCAACUUGCAUAAAAUUCUUAAUUCCAUAG